AUGUCUGGAACAGAGUCUCAUACAGACAGAGAGGAGGACUACAGGUUCCUCCACAGCAUGUUGAUGGAGAAGAAGCUUCACUUGCUCUUCAAGAUCCACGAGCGACUGAAGCGUUUUGAGAAGCGAAGCCCCAUCCCCGUCCAAGAACACGCAGCAAGUCUGGCCUCAGAUUUGGCCGAGGAGCUGAUGUAUCAAGGCUGGAGAGAUGAAGUCAAAGAACUGGUUGCCCUCUUUUCCAAACCACACUUUAAGGGUCUCCUGUCUGUCCACGACGCUGUAGCUCAGAGAGACUUUGAACCUACUCUGCCGCCAGUACCUGAUGAUGUCCUGGAGGAGGACGAGGAUUCAGUCAAAAUUGUCAGUCUGGUCAAAACCAAAGAACCCCUGGGGGCAACAAUUAAGAGGGAUAAAACCACUGGCGCUAUUGUAGUGGCGAGGAUCAUGCGAGGAGGUGCGGCUGAUAAAAGUGGACUGAUCCAUGAAGGAGAUGAGCUGAAAGAGGUGAAUGGAAUCUCAUUGGAGCACAGGAAGCCAAAAGAAAUCCUCCCUCUACUGGCCUGUUCUCAGGGUGACAUUACAUUCAAGAUCAUUCCUGCCUCCUCAAAGGAAGAAAUGUCUUCAAAUAAGAAGAAGCUCUUUGUACGGGCUCUUUUUGACUACGAUCCAAACGAGGACCCCACUGUCCCUUGCAAGGAUGCAACAGUUUCCUUUAAAAGGGGCGACGUCCUUCAAAUUGUCAGCAUGGAGGAUGACACCUGGUGGCAGGCUUGUCACCUUGCAGACAGCAGCAAUCGGGCAGGGCUCAUCCCCUCACAGCAGCUACACGAGAGGAGAGUUGCACUACAGCGACCCAAAGCCCUGUUCAAGCCUCAGCGAGUUAAACCACCAGAGUCAUCUGGUUUAAGAAGGAGUUUCCGACUUGGCAGAAAGAGCAGCCGGGCCAGAGAGGCAGCUCGGUCCCGGAGGUGGAGUGCAGGGGUACAUGGCUCACUCCGUCCCCCGACCUACAUAGAGGUGAUCCCCUAUCGCAGAGACUCCAAAGACAGACAGCGUCUGGUCGUUUUGGUUGGGCCCAGCGGUGUUGGCGUCAAUGAGCUGAAGAGGAGGCUCCUGAUCUCCGAUCCCGACCGCUAUGGCGUCACUGUACCGCACACCACACGUGAGAAGAGGAGGCAGGAGAACGAAGGGAUGGAUUAUCAUUUCGUAUCAAUUCACAUGUUUGAAGAGGACAUUCUCAAUCAUAGGUUUAUAGAGUAUGGGAGAUUCAGAGGUCAUUACUAUGGAACAAGUCUAGACUCUGUGCACAGAGUGAUGGCUGAGGGCAAGGUCUGCAUCCUGGAUGUACAUCCUAGUAAAAUAAAGCAUGUGUACACAUCCGAAUUCAAACCGUACGUGGUGUUUGUGAAACCCCCGCGUAUCGAGGAGCUGCGUCUCACCAGGCGGAGAGCUAAAUUCAUCUCGGAUGAAGAGGACACAAACCCAGUCAGGAUCUUUUCAGAGGAGGAUUUUGAGGACAUGAUUGAAUUGGCUGAAACCAUGGAGAACCACUACGGUCACCUGUUUGACAAAGUGAUUGUUAACGGGGACGUGGCUCUGGCGUUCAGGGAGUUGAAGGCCGAGCUCGAGAAGACUGAGGAGGCAGAAGUCCAGUGGAUUCCUGCAGAGUGGAUUCGCACCUCACCAACAGCAGCACGGAGAAGUUUCAGUCAUUUGACCGGCUGGAUUUGA